CAGUUUUGUUUUGGUACUUCGAUUUUUGAAUUUUAAAGUUUAUAUCAUGAAAAUUUAGGUUAAAGAUAAUAACUUAAAAAAAAAAAUGGUUUUGAGAAACAUUUUAAGAAGAGCGUCCUUUAAUCAAAUUCGUCAUUACUGUAGUGAGAAAGAAUUAGGAAGCGCGACAAAAACUGAUACGGGAGCAAUUAAAGAAAGUAAAGUUAUAGAAACAUUUAGCAGGCAAGGUGAUAAUGGAAGCUCUAAAACCAUUACAGGGGAUGUUUUGCCAAAAGAUCACGAAAUAUUUCAUGCAAUAGGGGCUACUGAAGAGUUGCUGAGUUAUAUAGGAUUAGCAAGAGAACAUGGAAAUGAAGCUGAGCAUGAAUAUACAGAUAAAUUAAAAAGAAUUCAAACUACUAUUAUUGAUAUAAGUACAGCUAUAUCAAGAAAUAACAAAAUGAGCAUACCUCCAAUUUAUACAAAAGAAUUAGAAGAUUGGAUACAUGAAUAUUCAAAGCAAUUGCCGCCAGCUGAGCAGUAUAUUAUACCAGGUGGUGGUGUAGCAAGUGCAUCACUCCACGUUGCCAGAUCAAUUUGUCGUAGAACUGAAAGAGUUGUUUGCCCUUUGGUUAGAAAUGAGAAGUUAGACAAAGAGGCAUUAGUUUAUUUAAAUAGACUAUCAGACUUUUUACUGACGGUAUCUAGAAUAGCAGCUAAACAUGACCAAAGGACUGAGAGUAUUUAUAUUCCAAAACCAGAUGAAAAAGUCCAACCACAGGUGUUACAUUUAGUGCAAUUCUAACAAUUGUUUCAUAUGAAACGAAUAUUUAUUGUGUAAAUAAUGGUGUUCCAUAAUAUAUACAGAAAUAAGCUUUCAGAGAUACUUGCAAGAUAAGAAGAUAUUUUAUAAUUUUUUGUUGUUUAAUGAAAUAUAACUGGAUAGUUUA